UGACGCGGCUUGAUCAUUUAUUACAAGUAAGUACAGUAUGUCCUUUUCCGCCUCUUCACUUGCUAAACUGUCUCUCUUGACUAGAACUAAAGCUUUAACCAUGGGCAUAAACCAAAAAAAGAAAGAACAGAAAAUGGCAGAAAAUUCAAGCACAGAUUCAGGAAAUUGUAGUGUGGAGUUUGUGAGAGAAGAAGAGGAAAUAGUGUCAAAGAAAAGAAAAAAUAAGGAUGUUGAUGUGACAAGGUUUCUUUAUAAUGAUACUCCUUCCGAUGGAUAUGAUGAAGAGAAAACUCCUCCUCCGAAGGCGAAGAGGAUGAUGAAACUGAAAUCCAAACCUCCCCUUUUUUCAAAAGUGUGGAGUGAUGAAGAUGAAAUUUCCCUACUCACAGGUAUCAUUAAGUUCAAGGAACAAACAGCUCGUGAAGUUGCACAAAAUAUGGCCGAAUUUCGUGCAUUUAUCCUUCCUUCACUUACUCUUCAACCUACGCCUGUCCAAUUAAGGGAGAAAAUAAGGCGUAUCAGACUAAAGUAUGAAAAGACUCUUGUCACAGGAAAUCCUUCUAAUACAGACCUGCACCAAGUCCAAGUGUUCCAAUUAUGUCAGAAAAUUUGGACUCAACCUCCUAACUCCAACUCUCUACUGCUAAAGGAGAAGCACAACAUUCCAGAAAACGACCUACAGGUAAAGGAGAAACACAACAUUCCAGAAAAUGGCCUACAGGUAAAGGAGAAGCACAACAUUCCAGAAAAUGGGCAGCCAGAAAAGCAGAAUCUACUGGUAAAGGAGAAGAAGCACAACAUUCGACCGAUUCAGCAGCAUAAAAUUAUCCCCGAUUCUGGACUGGAUGGGAAAACUAUGGAAGAUUUGUUGAAGCGACUAGCCAAAGAUGUAGAACUUGUUGUAAAUUCUAAGGCAUGUUUGCAAGGAAAUAGUAAUGAAGUUGGUAUAAGAGUGCUUGAUAUUGGCCUAGAAAGUAUGAAAUUAGGGAUAAAGUUGGGGAAAUUGGUGCACGAGAAAGCGACUUCGCCUGAGUUGCAAGAUUCUCCGGUGCUACGAGAACAAGUGGUAUUAAGGGCCUAUCUGGAAGCCAAGAUAGAGCACGCACAACUACUUUUGAAUGCUUAUGAUGGUUUAAUUAAGGAUCAUAGUAAUGAAGCUCAGUCAUCAUCGGUGUCUGCUAUCAAAGACUGAAGCUUAUGGGUUCUGCAUUCUAUAUGAAACUAUCCUUGUUUUGUGUUAACAAUGACAACAGCUAGCUUUUCUGGUUGUCUGCUUGCUAUCUGUAUAUAUUUUUGCAGACUGCAACUAAGAUUGCCUUUUGGAUGGUUUAAAGCACUUUUGAUGCUCCUACUUAUCUUGUUUUGGAACUAACAUGGGUUCUAAGAUUUUAUAUAUAUUAAGGCUUAAUUU